CAAACGCAACUGUUUGUUGUGCUGCCCAGAAUCAGUGUCGUAGUAUCAGAGAGAGUUUUCAAUUUCUCAUCUUUUGAAGGAAAGGAGAAAUGGGAUUGAAAUUUGAGGAGGAGGACUUCUUAGCUUGCUGCGCAAGCACCAAAUUCGCCAAAGAAAUGGCGGAGGCGUCCCCUUUCUCAUCUCUCGACGAAGCUGUGACUGCCGCCAGAGACAUUUGGUUCAACAAGGUCGAUGUCAAUGGCUGGCUCCAAUCGUUCUCCGCUCAUCCUCAAAUCGGAAACUCGCCUUCGCCUUCUUCUCACUCCACCUCUGCUCAGUGGAGUAAGGGAGAGCAGGCAACUGCUGUAGCAACUGCCACUAGUUCUAGCUUGCAGGAACUGGCUGAAUGGAAUGCUAAAUACAGGCAGAAGUUUGGUUUUGUAUUUCUUAUUUGUGCAUCUGGAAAGAGUUCUGAUGGGAUACUUGCUGAGUUGAAGAAACGAUAUCCAAACAGGCCAAUAGUUGAGUUCGAGAUUGCAGCUCAGGAGCAGAUGAAAAUAACAGAGCUACGCCUUGCGAAGCUCUUUGCAGCAAAAGAAAAUGUUACUUCCACAGGCAACAAGAAUCCCACAAUUGUUGCAAAGAAAGCGGAAGAAGAUCGUGUGAGCAUUAUUGGAGGGCAUUUAACUGCUACUGCUUCUGAAGCUUCAUCAGUAAAAACUUCUCAAGCUCCAACUCGAACCCGUCCACCCAUCACAACCCAUGUCUUGGAUGUUUCUCGAGGAUCUCCAGGUGCUGGAAUUGAAGUGUGUUUAGAAAUGUGGAAGGGUGUUCAACCUCGUCCGGUGUUUGGCGAGUCAAAUGCAGGUGGUUGGGUAUUUCAAGGGUCUUCGACUACUGAUAAUGAUGGACGAAGUGGUCAAUUGAUGAGCAUCGUUGAUGUGGUGAACCCGGGCAUAUACAGGAUAAACUUUAACACAGGUAAGUACUGCCCAAGCGGGUUCUUCCCUCAUGUUUCUAUCGUGUUUGAGAUCAGAGAGUCACAGAAAUUGGAACAUUUUCAUGUUCCUCUGCUGCUGUCGCCUUUCUCAUUCACAACAUACCGUGGAAGCUAGACGUGUGUGUAGUUCAGUCGAUGAAUAAAUUGUCUGUAAUUUUACUUGAGAUUGAACUAUGUAUUAAAUAUAUCUGAAAGUAAUAUCGAUCUCCAUGUGUUAGUGGUGAUAAUAUGAACAAAGAUAAUGUGAAUGGCAGUUUCCUUGUA